CAAAAGCAUCAAUUUUUCGGUGCUCAGCUUUCUUCACAGUCCAACUCUCACAUCCAUACAUGACCACUGGAAAAACCAUAGCCUUAACCAGAUGGACCUUUGUUGGCAAAGUAGAGGGAACCCCAAAUUUCGUGUUAAUGAAACAGUAAUCCUAUUGUGAAACCUGAAGUAGCAGGCAGUGAAGAAGACCUUCCUGAACAAAGCUGGUGGGGCAACCACAUGAACAGGAAGGCAAGAUUUAAAACCUGCAGAGACCCCCUCCUAGAGCUUGUGGCUAAUGUCCCAACAAUCAUCCAAGUGCCAGGCUGAGAAUAUUGGAGAGAUGUAACUAAUGCCUCUGAUAGGAACACAGUGAGUUCAACCUGCUUAUGAGGCUUUAUACACUUCUAGAAGGAAAGGACUGUCUCAAUUCAGAUUUCUGCUAAGAUUCUUAGCUUUAUACUGAAUCAAAGGAUGAUUAUUGAGUCCUUUUCAAAGAAGAAAAGUGCAUAGGAUUUGAAAAAUAAGCUUCCCAAGAACUAACAGAACCUCGACUCACACGCGGAAUGUGAGAACUCACAGACCCUGUCCUGGCAGCCCAAACAAACCUGAGACACAACAAAUAAAAUUACCCCCCAACCCCAGCCCCAUGUUGAAUCCCUGAGCCCCAAGCUAUCCCUUUCUUAACUGUGGACACACAUGGGUGGGUGUGGCAUUUUAAGUGUCUGGGCUUUGUAAGCUGUUGGCUCAGGGCUGCCUUGGUCUUCAGGCUUGAUAUUCAGGGGAGCUUGAGCAUGAAUCAACCAGAUCACAGGAUCCUGGGUGAUAAAACAAAUUCCGCCCAGGGAUUUAAACACCUCACCAUGAGGCACUGCUGUCAACUCGCAGCGCUCUCACCUCCUGACUCCUAUUUCCUCACUGCGGCUGCUUCCAUCUUCUGCUUAAACCCUGCAGGCCUUCCCACUGCUCUUAGAACCAGGCCCAAACCUUCCAGCCAACCACAGGGCAUGUUGUGACUGGCCCAUGCUGGCCCUGGGGCUGGGGAUCACCCCUCAAGUAACAGCCUGCAGACCUUAGCACCCCAGCCAAGGGUUCCCCCAUGGCCCCAUGGCUGGGCCCUGCCCCCCGCCCUCAGUGCCCCCUCUGCCCCUUGGCUUCAUGUUCUCCCUGCUCCUCUCCCAUGGCCUCUGCAGUUCUGUCGCACCCCAGUUUCCACCUAUGGCAUGUGACUGAGUCACGAGAAGACACCAGACUCUGUAUGAAGCAUAGAUGCGGCGAAAAGCCUGAAUUCGGGUCCUGCUUUCAUCAAUAACUAAGUCACAGUCUCCUCUGAGCCUCGGUUUUGUUGUAUGGAAGCCUGUGCUAAAGGUUUUGACUCUAUAUGUUGCUGGAGGAUUUGCUGAGAUUCUAGACCUGUGGACCAGUCGCAGGCAUUGUAGGCUCUCAACAAAUGUUCAUAGGCGAUUUGGUGCUUGUUUAGGACUCCACUGUCUAGUGCUCAGACCUAGUGUACAGGGCUUGUAUGUAUUUAUAAACCUGGACUUCAGAAUAAGAAGAUCUGGGCUUAACAACUGGUGGCAUCACUUCUCAGCCCAGCAGUGUCAGAAAAUCCACUCAGCUUCUCGGAGCCUCCAAGUCUGCAUCUUGCAGAGAGGGUGACACACAAACUGUUUCCCAGGGCUGCUGGGAGGAUCAGGUGAGUUGAUAUACGAAAAUGUUUUAUACACCUUGGAGUUAAAAAAAAAAAUCUGUAACCAAACUUCUGUGAAUACAUGCUGCUGUCUCUUGUUUCUCACCCAGGUAAGCUGCCUCUAUGGCUGGACCCACAAUGGCAUCUAGGGAGCCUCAGCACAGAGAUGGCACGAAGAAGAGUUUGCUGAAAAUCAAACCCACAGUGAGCUAUCCCUUCACACCUGUUAGGGUGACUGUCAUCAAAAAGAAGAUAAAUGCUGGCAAGGGUGUGGAGAAAAGGAACCCUUUGUUCACACUUGGUGGGAAUAUAAAUUGAGGUAGCCAUUGGGGAAAACAAUGGAGAUUCCUCAAAAUAUUGAAAAACAGAACUACCAUCUGAUCCAGCUUGCGAACUGUGGUGCUGAAGCCUCCUGAGAGUCCCUUGGACUGCAAGGAUAUCAAAUCAGUCAAUUCUAAAGGAAAUCAAACCUGAAUAUUCACUGGAAGGAAUGUAGACUAAGCUCUUGCCUCCUGGCUCCUCCCUCAUAACAGCAUACAGACCACAGACAGGGCACCCCGAGAGCACCAACUCCACCUGGGUGGGGGGAGCUCCUCUGUGAAGGAUCCUGUGUCCUUCUGUUUUGUUGCCCAAGCAGGGACGACGCAACAACUGUCAAUUCAAAGGCACAGGGGAGACGCUUGGGUGGUCCGUGAGGCCCAAGGGUGGGACCUGCUGGACCCCCCGCUGCACAGCUGGUUACCAGAUGCUGACUCAGGGGGUUUACUCCACAGGGUCCAUCAGGAAGCACCUGGGCUCAGAACCUGGGGGAAUGGGAGCACUGGGGCAGGUGGGCAACAGAGCGGACCCACAGCUCAGUCAACCCUACUCAGAGCUCUGAGAGGUGAGUGAGACAGCCUUUCUGCUCUGCCUGGAGGGGUCAUCAGAAGCCUCCCCCCGCCCCAGGGAGGUAUGAGGUCUGGCAGGCACAAUGGAGGGAACGACACAGCACAGGCUGUUGACCACCCCUGCAGCUGGGCAGCAUGGCCUCCCUUGAAGGGGUCUAGGCAGCAUGCAUCCAUCUUCAUGGCUCUCAGCAUCAGUCUUUGCUUCCCCAGCUUUACUGAAAUAUUGUCACAUGACUUACGUAGACUUAAAGCAUACAAGGUGAUGAUUUGAUACGUGUAGAUAUUGCAAAAUGAUGACCAUAGAAAUAUUAACACAUCCAUCAAGUCAUUUAAUUGCCUUUUGAUAACACUGAAGAUCUUAUCCUCUUAACAACUUUCAAGUAUACAGUACAGUGUUGUAAACAACAGCCACCCUCAGCCCUGUUGGCAUCGAUGGGAUCUCUCUCCUGCAAGAAAAUGAUAAGUCCCACCUCAUUCAAACUGGCUCAGAAUAGGAAAUAAUUGAAAUCUGUUCCCAGUUUACUUAACCAAGCCAGGGUAACCUGAAUACCGAAACCUGAUAAAGACGGAACAAAACAAGAAUGCCACAUACCAAAUUUAGCAGCAUUAAAACAGUAGGAAACCAGUGACCACUGGGGCUGGUGCAGAGUGAGUCCCAUGACUACAAGGGCCCCUCUGGUGGCAGUUUCAUGCCCAGUCAGUUUGAGCCCCAACUGUGCUCCUUUCCAGCCCUGGGACCUUGGGUUUGCUGCUUUGUGAAAUGGGGUGAUGGGAGCACCCACUUCCUAAGGCUCCUGUUAUGAUGAAGGUAAUUCAUGUAUGUGUGUUAUUUGCUCAGUCAUGUCUGACCCAUUGUGACCUAUGGACUGUAGCCUGCCAGGAUCCUCUGUCCAUGGGAUUUUCCAGGCAAGAAUACUGAAAUGGGUUGCCAUUUCCUUCUCCAGGGGAUCUUCCCAACCCAGGGAUCAAACCCACAUCUCCUGUGUUUCCUGCAUUGCAGGCAGACUCUUUACCCCCUGAGACAUCGGGGAAGCCAAUUCAUGUACAGCACACACAGAGUCACCAGCCUGCAAGCUGGGAGGGCUGCACCCAUGGCGGCUGUGCUGUGUCAUCUGGAUGGUUAAUGAUCUUUAACAGAAGUCUCCACUUUUACCACUUUACUGGGAAACCAGAUUCUCCUGUAGAGCCCAAGCUGAUGGAGCAUGUAAGGGAGGUUUGAAUCAUCCGUUUUCUGUCAACCGUCCCUUUGUGUGUACAUAGCACCAUUCUUACCAUUCCAUCCUGCAACCCUUGGCACAGCCCUAGGACACCAGUGUGUUGGUUCCAAUGACUUGGUUGGAAAGGCCAUCUGGUCACAUCUCUGACAGCAAAGCAGCCCUGGGUAUUUCUAUCAGGCCUGGUCCAGCAGGGCUGCAGGUCAGUGUUCUAAGUCCCAGAGAAAUGGGAGAUCCAGAAGUUCUUGCCCAAGGCCAGGGUGUUCAGCCAAAGGAAACUCUCUUUUCCCUUUUUACUUGAGUAACAAAGAGGAUGAGAUGGUUGGAUGGUGUCACCAAUGCAAUGGACAUGAACUUGGGCAAACUUCAGGAUAUGGUGAGGAACAGGGAAGCCUGGUGUGCUACAGUCCAUGGGGUUGUGAAGAGUCGGUCACAACUUGGUGACUGAACAACAACAAAAUUACAUUUGUUGUCUUGGACCUGACCUGGCAGAGUCCUUGCCAAAGGGCUAAUCGGUCCCACAAGGGGUGGAUCAGGCUCACAGCUGAGGGUCUCCACCGUCAGUUCCAGAGAACAGCCAUCAGGGAACCAGUGACUGGUGUCCUGGGCUGUCACAGGAUCCCAUAGUAUUUCCAUAGUUCAAAGAGGAAGAGACAAGAAGCAGAGUCAGAAAGAACAACCUGCUGGAGAAUACGUUUGAACACACUUUGGGGGAAGGAUUUUCUACAAACAGAAGGUGCAGGUGUCGGCCAGGAGAGGAAGGGCCCUGCUCUGACCACUAGGUGGUACCUCAGGCCGUGACUGGAGAGCGGGGACAGAAGGAGUGGCGGCGGGCAGGAGGCGGUCCUGCGAAGCUGCAUAAAGGACGAGCCGCAGGGAGGCUGCAGCGCCUCUGCCACCCAGUCCUCAUCCUGCGGGGAUGGCACUUCCCCCAGGUGCCCAGGCCAAGCUCCGGUCCCGAGUGCAGCCUGACAGCUGCUGUGCAAGAGGAGCCGCGCCAGGGCGACAAGGGAGACGGUGAUCUGCUGCUCAGAAGAGGAGCGAUGAACUCCUCAUUCCACCUGCACUUCUUGGAUCUUGGGCUGAAUGCCACGGAAGGCAACCUCUCAGGACUGAGUGUCCGGAAUGCAUCCUCACCAUGUGAGGACAUGGGCAUCGCGGUGGAGGUGUUCCUGGCCCUGGGCCUCAUCAGCCUGCUGGAGAACAUCCUGGUCAUUGGGGCCAUCGUGAGGAACCGGAACCUGCAUACCCCCAUGUACUUCUUCGUGGGCAGUUUGGCAGUGGCCGACAUGCUGGUGAGUUUGUCCAACUCCUGGGAGACCAUCACCAUCUAUCUGCUCACCAACAAGCAUCUGGUGAUGGCCGAUGCCUCUGUGCGGCACCUGGACAACGUGUUCGACUCCAUGAUCUGCAUCUCCGUGGUGGCCUCCAUGUGCAGCCUGCUGGCGAUCGCUGUGGACCGCUAUGUCACCAUCUUCUACGCCCUGCGCUACCAGCGCAUCAUGACGGGGCGGCGCUCGGGGGCCAUCAUCGCUGGCAUCUGGGCCUUCUGCACCAGCUGCGGCACCAUCUUCAUCGUGUACUACGAGUCCACGUAUGUGGUCAUCUGCCUCAUCGCCAUGUUCCUCACUAUGCUGCUCCUCAUGGCGUCUCUGUACACCCACAUGUUCCUCCUGGCUCGAACCCACGUCCGGCGCAUCGCCGCCCUGCCAGGGCACAGCUCCGUGCGGCAGAGGACUGGCGUGAAGGGCGCCGUCACCCUGGCCAUGCUGCUGGGCGUCUUCAUCGUGUGCUGGGCCCCCUUCUUCCUCCACCUCAUCCUGAUGAUUUCGUGUCCUCAGAACCUCUACUGCUCUUGCUUCAUGUCUCACUUCAACAUGUACCUCAUCCUCAUCAUGUGCAACUCUGUGAUUGACCCUCUGAUAUAUGCCUUCCGCAGCCAAGAGAUGCGGAAGACCUUUAAGGAGAUUAUUUGUUUUCAGGGCUUCAGAACCCCCUGUAGGUUCCCGAGUAGGUACUAAACUAAAAGUCCUUCUCUCUGCAGCUCUUCUCUCCAUCGCUCUUAUGACAAGGUGGGUUAGGAAGAGUCAGAACUGGAAAUUACGCCAUGCAUUCCCUUCAUCUUUUCUCCACCUCGAAUCUGUGUCUAAGAGGCAGCUUUUCCCCGACCGGCAGUUGAUGGGUCAAAGGUGCACGUGCCAUUUCUCUGCCUUGAGAAUGCCCAUGACAGUUUCUUACUGACUGCUUUCCUCCUGCAUUUUCUCCCGCUCCCACCCAGUUCUGGGGUCCCCAGCACCCUCCAUCUUCUGAGUGUGUGCUCAGGGGAGGUGACACUCAGUGAGCAAGUCUAAGCAUGAUGAGCGUGGCUGGACCUGGGAGAAAAGCUGUGAACACACCACAGUGCGUGAUCACUUUCUGCCCCAGAAGCAGUUCCCUAACUUUCUGUGAUGCCCCUGGGAGUUUGGCAUGCUUUUUGGGGCAGAGUAGAGCGAUUAGAUUCUUUCCAUUUGAAAUCUCCUGUCUAUUUGCUAUGGGAAUUUUCCACAGCUCUCCUUUCCUGAACUCCUGGUUUCAUGGCUUGUGUCCAUGAUUGUACAGGGAUGACAUUUCUUUAAUUAUAUUUCUGUCAGUCAUGUUUUUGCACUAAUGCAAAACAUUUCUGUCUGGACAGAAAACCUCUUGCCACAAACUUUCCCUUACAUGGCAUGAACAUCUUUGUGACUGUUUCUUACUGUCUUAUUCUGACUCGGUCCAGAGUUUCCAAGUGAGCGUUUUGGGGGCAUGGGGGGCCCCCCAAGUACCUGCCAUGAACACAACCUGCAGGCAAGCUAUCUUUGACCUUCUCUGACGGGGUCUGUCUUGGAGUCUGAAGCUCUGUCACUGUACAGUCUGCAGUUUGCAGUCUGACUCCAGAAGUCAAGGUACCCAGCGCUAGCCCCCUGAGUCAAAUCUUUUCCAGUGCAGAAUGGACUGGGAAAGUAGAGUUCAGUCCUAACUCUUCCCCUAAUGGGCAGUGUUUCCUUAAUCAUCUCAUUUCAGGUUGCGUCUGUGCUGACCCCACAGGGCAAGGCAUGGGAAAGCAUGAGAACACUUGAAACUUGGAAAGCACCCUAGAGAUUGUCUAUUUAUUUUAAAGGAAGGUUGCAGAUGGGUGGUGCUAGGAGAGGAUGCAGAGGGCUGUCAAAGCAGUGGCGUGGAAGCCAGGAGGCCUGCCUGGCCAUGGAGCAGGUAUGGGCCUUGGGCAUGGCUCUAACCUCUGUGUCCCAGGGCUCUCAUCUGAAGGGCUUGGUUCUUAUGGCUCUGAAUUCCAUUCUCUUGUCUUUGAUGUUAAUAGCUUCUCUUUUGUUGUGAAUAUUCAUGUCUAGACUGCCCCUAAUGAAGGAAUAUAUGUAAACAAGCAGUGGCCCACUAGGGUCACUAGAUGGUGAGUGUGAGGGUCUAUUGACCAGAAGACCUCCCUGGGCGCCAGGCACAAGCAAAACCUAUAGACAUGACCCCCACUCAGCAGCUCCGAGUCCAGAGAAAAAUGGUGCUGGCUCAAGCAGGAAAGUGCAUAAAACAUACAAAUCUUCUGGAAAGGGCAAAUUAGCAGGUUAUUGACAGUUGAGGUUUGAGGAGGCAACUAACCCUUCAAAUGCAUCCUGUCCUUUUAGCUGACAUUCCCAUGUGUACCCAUGGGCAUGAGUGAGUUCUACAUGACUGUGCUGGGAACCACCAGUCCGAGUUAUGUGGGUCGUGUCAGGAUCCCUGGCUCCAGGAGCAUGGGCUUCUCGCUGCCCAACUCGCCUCGGGGGCCCUGUUGCCACAGCAGUUUCUGGUGCUCAGCUGUUGUUUGUCGUCGUUGCUAACCAAAUGUGUACUUAGCCCGCUGCCCGCCAGCACUCUCGGAGUGCUAACCGAGGUCAUCAGGGCCGCGAUCCCAUAGGCAGAUCACACUUCAGCCCUCGUGGUUUACCCUGUGGCUCUUCUGGGGACUCACUCUCAUCAGGCUGAUUUACUGCUCUGGGUGGAUACUGGCUGCAGACAAGGUCUGAUCUUCUCUACAAAGGUCCUUGAGGAAAUGCUCAAAGGUCUUAUAAUCUCUGUAUAAGUAGUGCAGAAAUAGCCGAAUGUUCUGAUGAGUCUUCACUUGGAAGAAGUAACCGGAAUGCAGAGACUCAGUAAAUAUCUGUAAAUGAGCCUGGAAUCCCAGCCCACAGCCCCCAGACCAAAAAAAAAAUCCACAGAACUGUUGUACGCUAUUGUAUAUUAACUAUUUCUGCCUUUGUAGCAAUUUUUUUGGUGUAAAAACAUGUGUUCAAAAAAAGGUUAAUAAAACAGAAGGACCAGA